AAAGACAGAUAGCGGGGCAGGCACCGGCCGGCCGGGCGGGGAGGGAGAGCGCAGAAAGUUUCCUGCGGAGCCCGCGGGCGGCGGCACAACAGCAGCGAUGCCCGUGCUGCGCGGAGCGCUGGGGCUGGGCGGGCGCCGCCGGCCUUAGGGGGAGCGAGAGCGGCGCGGGGCCCGGCAGCGAGCCCCCGGCCCGUCCUCUCCUCUUCUCCGGGCGGCGAGGAGGAAGCACCCCGGGCAGGGACGGGAAAGCGGCGCCGGCCGGAGCGCGGGGAGAGGGAGCGGCACCGCGGGGACAGCCGCCGCCGGCAGAGCCCGGGGGGAAAGAUGAGCUUGUUGUCAGCCAUCGACACCAGCGCCGCGUCCGUCUACCAGCCCGCCCAGCUCCUCAACUGGGUCUAUCUCUCGCUGCAAGACACGCACCAGGCCAGCGCCUUCGAUGCCUUCAGACCCGAGCCCUCCUCGUCCCAGCACCCCGACCUCGGCUACACCAAGAGCACCCCGGAGCUGGGUUCCUCGCUCAGCUCCAGCUAUCUCAACAGCUUCUUCCAGCUCCAGCGCAGCGAGGCUCUGAACAGCAGUCUGUACAAGAGUGCAUCGCCUUAUGGCUCUCUUAAUAACAUUGUGGAUGGGCUAAGCUCCCUCACUGAGCAUUUCUCUGACCUAUCCCUUUCUUCAGAAGCCAGAAAACCCAGCAAGAGGCCACCUCCUAACUACCUGUGCCACCUCUGCUUUAACAAGGGACACUACAUCAAAGACUGCCCACAGGCUCGUCCAAAAGGAGAAGGCCUGACUCCAUACCAGGGCAAGAAACGCUGCUUCGGUGAAUAUAAGUGCCCUAAGUGCAAGAGAAAAUGGAUGAGUGGAAACUCCUGGGCUAACAUGGGACAAGAAUGUAUCAAGUGCCACAUUAAUGUUUAUCCUCACAAACAGAGACCCCUGGAAAAGCCAGACGGCCUGGAUGUUUCAGAUCAGAGCAAAGAACAUCCCCAGCAUCUGUGUGAGAAGUGCAAAGUUUUGGGCUACUACUGCCGCCGUGUGCAAUAAACCUUCAAAGUGGCCUCUUCCCGUCCCCAUCAUCCUUAAAGAUCCUCUGGCAGCACGCUAUCAACAGCAACACAACAAAUCAAGAUAAAAGCUAAAAUAAUUGCCAAUAUUGCCUAUCUAAUAAUAUGCCUUACCAUUAAUAGAAUGUAACAUUUCUCCUGUGCAUGUGCACACAUGCAGCAGGUAUUUACAGGACUAUGAUUUGUAUACAUACAUAUAUAUGUAAAUUUAUAUAUAUAUGUACACACACAUAUAUAAAGCGUUACUGAUAGUGUUCACAACAGAACCACAGUUGCAGGUUCUACCGAUUGUUUACACAGACCCUAUAUCAUGGCCAGGUGAAAUGAAGUACUAUUCAAUAGGCAAGGUUUAAUAUUCACAAGGAAUAUAUGUUAUAAGUAUGGCUUUUGCAGUGGUUAAGUUACUGCGGGGCCACUAAUUGCAAGCACUUGCCCACAACACGAACGUUAUUCCUAUUAUAUGACAAGACAAAGGAAGAUGAAACAAGCCACAGCAUAAAAGAAGGAAAAUUAUUGUUUUCCCAGUUUUAGAAAGUCUGAGAGCUUUGUGCUGCUGAUUUCUUGGACUUUUCCUAUAUGUUACCAUCGCUUGGGCAGGGCUUAGACAAAAUCAUUUUUGCAAGAUGUGGCAAAAAAAGUGAAAAAUUGUUUGAGGGUGUGGGUUGGGUAGAAAGGGAAUGCCAUAAUGGGACCCAGAGCAUCAGGAAGGAUUCCAAGAGUUUUUUGGAGGAGACAAAAUUGGCUUGCUUGUGUGGCUAACAGAUCCUUCUCUUGUCAUAUAAUCCCGCUGAAAUGGUCCCUGUAUGUGUAUGGGUUGUUCAUUAGGCGACAAGCACACUAAAUUUACUGUGAAUAAGGGGGGAUAAGAAUACUUAAAACUGUCCCCAAAACCCUUAAUUGAAAGAUUAGCCAAACUUACUAUUUAUAAUAGUUUUAAAGCCACUUUCUGGAAAUAUUUUUAUGUCCUGUUUUCUACUGUACAAAUUUGUUAUAAUAUAAAACUUGUUAGCCAUAAGGGUGUUUUGAGGCAUGGGGAACACUCUAUAUAACCUUCCCUCUUUAUGUCUUCCUGAAGUACCUGCAUACCUGAGGAGAAAUGUAGAAGUUAAUAUUUCAUUACCCCAUUUCAGGUAUAACUUUGUGCAGGGGCAUCCUGCUGCAAAGAAGUAUCUCAUCAGGGAUUGGGAAAUGUCAUGAACUGAAAGUACCUCAAGACAGUAUCCUGUUUGUAUGUCUACGUAAGAGUACAUUGGCAAAAGGACACAACAAGCAAUUCACUUGCAGCAUUCACUAAAAGUUACAGGGAUAAUGUUUGUUUGGGGUUUUUUUAAUCAACAGUUUCGAUUUUUAUGAAGCUUCCUUUAGAGAGAUUGAUUUGUAUGAAUGAUACUUAGUGGAAAUACUUUAAAUCCUAAAUAACUUGAUGUGAAUUAAAUUUGUUUUGAGGAUUCCAUAAUGUUAAGACAGAGGGGGUUUUAUGCCAAGUGAUAGCAGGAUGUUACCAGUAUGUACAGUCAAGCUCUUGUAAAGCAAAUGGAAAACUUACAGUAAGCAUUUGUAUAGGAAAUGUGAAGCUCUGCAAAUUUGCUCUAGGGUGAAACUUUUGCCAUUUCCCUGCUUUACUAUAAGCACAGCAAAAUUGUUUCUGCUUAUUCUGGUGGUAGUGUCAUGUAUGUAUCUUGCAAACUUCAUUAUUUAUGGGUAGCCCAAGUGACCCAGCCUACUGGUCAGAGCAGCGGAUAAACAUUGGGACUCCUGUCUUCUGACCACAGCCCUUCCAUUAGCUCCCUGAUCUGCGGCAAGUUACAAGAUCCUUUUGGACCUCAGUUUCCUCCACUGCAAAAUGGGGAUAAUAAUACUUCAGUAUUCCUACCUCACAGGAGAGUUGUGAGGCUUACUUAAUAUCUGUAAGUGUUUUGACAUCACUGGAUGAAAAGUGCUAUGUAAUGCUAAAAUAGUAUUAACUAAAUUAACCACUUCGAAACUAGUUUUGCCCAGUUGGCAAUUCCAUCGACUAAAAGAGCUGAAAAUAAUGUUACUGAAAGUUAACACUAAUAACAGUUCAGUUGCCUCAGCGAAGAUAUGCAGUUUUAGCAUUUUCAAACGGAAACACACUUUGCACAGACUCCGAAAUUAGCUUAGAGACAAAUUCUCUAAACAAAGAUACUAAACUGCCCAUACAAAUAAGAAUAAGAAAAUACACAGGCAGAUCUAGGGGUGGAUUUUCAAAGCUUGUCCUCUAGUAUUAAUCUCCGUAGUUUGUUUCAAGCACAAGUAAUUUUAAAAGAGCUGCAUACUAAACCAGAUCUAUUUUUCCUCUUGAGCACUUAAUAGUACCUGAACUAAAAAAAAAAAAAAAAAAAAAGGAAAAAGGUCACCUUGAUGCUUCACAUCCAGCUAAAGGACAUGUAGAAAAAAACCCUUAGAUGAAGAGAAGGGGAAAUGUUGUUUUAUUUUUUCCCUGAAACUAAGAUGUUGCUAUCAACCAUUUUUUUUCUGCAUUGAAAUAAUAUUCCAUCUUAUGAUAACCACUAGAUCAGUAAAAUAGCACAUCCUUUGAUAUAGCUACAUCAAUAUACAGCACACCACCAGGUUCUGAACAAAGGCCAGCUAAAAGAGAACAUUAUAUGCAAUUGUUGCUAUUUUCAUGGCAGUGCCCUGUUAAAAAUUGUUUAUCCAGAUUCAGUGCUGCAUGGCAAUGCCUUUAGUUUAUGGGUUUUUAGGUUGUACUGAAAAUACACGUGAUCAGCUUUAACAGUUGAUGUCUAUAGGUGUAGAAUAAUAAUUCUUAAGAGCAUACUUAUGAGAAUUCAAUAUUUAUAUCAUUGAUAUUUUCCCAAGCAGCAGACAUAUAAGGUAUUCAAGUAAUAUUUAGCAUAUUUGAAAAAGAGGAGGAGAACAUAUUCUCUCCUGCACUCAUGUUGGGGAAAAGCAGAUGGAGAACAAAAUGUGUGGAAAAGCAAGAAGCAACACUGCUGUAAUUUGUACUGCCUAACUCAAGAGACUGCAAAUCCAUCCCAGUGCAGGAUGUGGAUGUGAUCAGGCCCUGGGCACCCCAGGGCUGGAAGUAGCCUGCUUGCCUUGCCAUCCCUGCCAAAAGUGGGGUGAGGAAGGAGAAUGACCCGCAGUCCCUGGGGAGCAGCCACAACCCUCUCUCCCCUGCAGCCGUGGGGCUGAACUCCUGCUUCUCCCAAGCUGUGUGGGGGCAUCCCCUUCUUUUCUGCCCUCGCUGCGCAGGGCUGAAACCUCGUUUCCCUAACGAGGUGGUGCCUGGGGAAGAUGACAGUGCCAAGCUCACACAAGGGGAGUGUUCCUCUGUCCCUCCCUGUAUGAGGUUUGCUCAUAGGAUUGUAGCAGUCAACCCUGGGCGUUUACUCCAUGCUCAUCUGUAUAUAUUUUGUGGGUUGCUGGAAAAAUACAUCCACAUAAGUAAUGUAAAACAGCUUGUGACCAUUGGCUUUUAGUUAAUGGCACAGGAGGGAAAUUUCUGAAUUUUUAUUUCAAAAAAAAAGAAAAAAAAAAAAGAUUGAUUACAAAAUGUAGAUUUCUUCUCUUUUUUCCCCACCAAAGGUAAUUCACCUAUAGACCUAACUAACUCUUUCCAAAUUGGAAAAACCUUAAAAACUCAGAUUUUUGACUGGAAAGAGGAUGAGUUGAUUUACCUCUUAGGUUUUUCUUAUUUCUUUCUGAUGUUCUCUUUAACCAGCUCUGCGUUUAGAACAUCAGCUAGUAAUCCUUGAAUGCAUUUUUAGACAGUCUUCCCAGAAGCAAAGCAAGCAUCAGUAAGAAGAGUUUUAAAUCAAUACAGGCCUCCCUAAAUCGAGUAUUCUUUAGGGGUGUACCUGAGACAAAUUUGGCUCUGUGCAUUUAUUUGGCAAACUGGAUAUUUAACUUCAGAUGCUUGCUGUUGCCUGUCUACUAAUCCAGCCAGUGCACACGUUUUUUUUUCUUUACUCCCCCUUUUGGGAUUUUUAAACUUUAUUUCUUUUAAAAAAAACCCCAAAACUAAACACAUUUUGUUUCCUCAGUUGGUCGGAACAUUUCACAUGGAAUUUGUCCUUAGCAUUGGAACUGCUCUGGAGAAAAGUAUCAGUGAUUUGAAAUGUGUGGUGUACGUUUUUAGCUGCUUUAACUUGAUGCGGCUCCAAUGAGGUUGUUACAAAUACUUCAUUUAAUGGCGAUGAAGCAAAAUCCCUGUAGUUUAAAGAAUGGCCCCAUUUUAGCCAGUUUCUACUGCUGCUACCAUAGACGUAAAAUGAUGCCACACAAGCAAACUUUGAGGCCUUAUUGUCUCAAAGUUGCUUUUUAAUUUCAGAUAAAUACACAAGAGUAUAUAUUAUUUCUGAAAACAGGUGUAUUUUGAAGUUCCCCAUUAUAUGGGACUUAGUUUGUAAACUAAAAAUGUGAAGUUACCUAUGUCUGAGAGAAGCCUUAUAUCAAGAAGUAUUCUCUACAUUUUACCUUUCUGUAUAACAUGAUAUUUAGAUUAUACAUGGGUUGCGUACCUGUGAUGCUCUAGCAGCUAUUCCAAAAAUAAAACUACUUAAAAGUUAAGAGCUUUUGGAAAUGUCAGACUUCAUAGAUUAGUUCUCUUUGUCCUGCAGUCAUGCAGAGGUUUGGUUGUUUUUUUUUUCCUGGUAUGGAUCCUAAGAGUUACCCACUGAACAGUAUGCAAUAAAUCAUCAACAUGUGUUUUUCAAGUUAAGUGAAUUGACAUACAUUUUCCACUUGCCUUUGCCAACAUAUUUUUAAAUGUGAUGAACUAUCCCCAUACAAAAAUCAUUCUUUAAGAUAUCACUCCAUUCCUGAUUGGGCUUCAACCUGUAUCUCUUUCCUAUCUGCAAAACCACUGCUGUCCAUUCAGUUUGCUGACGUGCUCAGAGGGCUGUUCGAGAUCUUAGAUAUAGGGAUGAUGGUUUGUGUUUCUAGGAUGAAUUUCAAAGGGACAAUCGUGUGCAGUUACUAGCUAUAGAUGAUUGAUAUAAAUGUUUACCCCUGUAUGAAGUAUUUUACAGUUUUACUUGCAGAUGUGUAUUUAUCUUGAGUUAUACUUGACAUAGAGUUUCUUUCAAUUUUUUUUUAAUACUAUGUGUGUAUUUUGGAAACCUUUUUAGAUGUUAAAAUUUUUGAAUGGUUACAAAUAUUUCUUGUAAUACUGAAUUGUUAUCUGGAAACUCUUUGCAGUAACUUUUUUGUAUAUAUUUGAGGGCCUUUUUAAAAAAGUAUUGUUUGUUUUUGGGGGAAAGUUUUUACAAUUUGGAAGCUUUCAGAAGGGCCUUCCUCUCAACUAGGAUACUAACGGAGGUAAGAGUUUUCUUAAGUAUUUUGCAGAACUAAGGAUGUAUCCUCAAGAAAAUAUUUAUGGAAGUAAUUUACUUUUUUUUUUUUUUUUACAAUGCUUUUGUCUGUAUAAAGUAUGCAACAGAACUACAUUAAGAAGGAAAUAUUGUCUACAUAAAAUAUUAUAUGAAAGUUGGUACAUAAUUCUGACAAAAAACCUUGCAAUUCUUUAAGCCAUAUUGUUUUUUGUUAUCCUUGGAUGAAAAUAUCAGUAUUAAGUAACCAAUAUAUUAUUCAAGUGCUUAGACUUAUAUGAAAAUGCUUAUACAGUUUAUUUAUGUGUAUUUGGGGAAGGAUUGCUAGAAAAAGCUAUCACUAGACAUAUAGCAAGUGAGGAGCAAAUAACAGUAUACUGUCACUUUAUGGCCUUGUGAGAGACACAGAAGAUGCUGAAAGCACCCUAGAGACUCAGCUUUCAGAAACUCUGAAGCACAAGCGUUGGGUUUCAAAUGGUGGUUCUUUCCUUUCCCAUAACCAGAGGGGAAGAGAGUUGGUUGGGACACUGUUUGACAACUUGACUUUCACAACUCUUUGCAGACUGUGAGCUCAGCUAUGCAGUAUCGGCUACAGCAAUAAUAUCAAUCAAAGGAUGUAAGAGAAAAGGAUUGAAGUAGAUUAUUGUAGAGGUUUAUGUUUAUUUUAAUUAGAACUCAUAGCAAUAUAGAAUAUGCAUGUGCACGUAUUGAAGCAUUUUUACACUUUACAUUUCAUGUAGUGUGAUUAUAUUAUGAAGGAUUGGGUUUUUAGUUUGAUAUUUUACCAUGCUAAAAUGGGAGGUCUGCCCAACCCUGUACUGGAUUCUUGUUUCCUUUAAAAGGUUAUUUAGUACAGCACUCACUGCCUUGUGUACUAGUGCUAAAACUAACACUGUAUCUUAUGAAUUUCUUCAGCUUUAAAAAAAUUAACCUAAUUAUUAUUACAUUUGUUUAGCUGUACCCACUGACCUUGUCAGAUUCAGCUGGCUAUUUGUAUAAUUUCUUUUUCUGUAACUGUUAAUAAAAUUGUACAGCUAAAACAAACAAAACCUAUGGACAAAGGCCUCAGAGGUACCAGUUCUGCUUCAGCAAUCAAGAUGACAGCUUGCUCAUCUGGUGACUGCGUUGCUAAAGAGACUGUAAAACCUCUGUUGUGGAUUGUCCAUAAAAUGGCAUUCCGACAUGUGCCUUAUUUGCUGGAUAGUAUACAGCUUUCCUCUAGUAUUCUAGCAUUUUAAUGCUGUAUUAAAGUACUGCAAAAAACA